UGGUCUUACAUUUGGUCUCCUUGUGUUACAGAGGAGGCGAUUAAAAACAGGGGGAAGGAGAAUGUGAAGUCUUACAAGACCUCCUUCACUCCCAUGUAUCACGCCAUAACCACCAGGAAGACUCAGUGCAUCAUGAAGCUGGUGUGUGUGGGCAAGGAGGAGAAGGUGGUGGGCCUUCAUAUGCAGGGAAUUGGCUGUGAUGAGAUGUUGCAAGGCUUCGCAGUAGCCAUCAAGAUGGGGGCAACUAAAGCAGACUUUGACAAGACUAUUGCCAUUCACCCCACAUCGUCCGAGGAGUUUGUUACGAUGCGUUAACAAUGCAAACAUCUAGACGAUCCUUAAUUUCCUAUACAGCACCAGCGAGAAUCACUAUACCAGGAAACAAGUGGCUCAAACGUCUUCUUUUGCAAGGGCUUGACAACACAAUGUUCAAUAACAGCUCUCUACUUCCAUUUUCUUUCAUUUAAGUAACUUCUUUUGUGCACCUCGUAUGAAUAUUUUUGAAAAUGCCUAGAUGGACCAAGACAAUGAAGUUACUGCUUUCUUCAUCUGUACUGUUGGUGUUUAAGCAUUGCUUAUCAAUUUAUUAAACAUGCAAGAUUUUUCUCAUGACUGUGAAAUGGAAGUGGGGGAUCUUCUACAGGCAUUGUUGUCAAGUCAUUGCGUUGGGAGUAAUGAUAACUCUCCUAGUGUAUGUGAAACCCUGAUUGUCAGUCAUUGUUUUAGAACGCUGCAAACACUGCCCCCAAUUACUAGGUCGCAAUUUCACUACUGUAUUGUAAUACACAUUGAAUAAACCUGCAGUCUUUUCUUAA